CACUUGUUUCCUACAGGUGACGCAGCACUCCACUGGGCGGAGCGAGGUGUUGAAUCAGGAACAAUCCAUACCCCUCCUCUCAGAUACAUUAGAAACCUAAACGCACGGACCGCCAGCUAUAAGCAAUGUCAACAUGGGUUCUAGAUGGAAAAACAGUGGGAAUUGCUGUGCAUCAGGGAUGUUGUCCCUAUGUGUUUUAGUCAGCCUGUCGAUUUGUUUGUCCAGGGCUGAAGAUAGUGCAAUGGAGAACAUCGUAACAGAGAAGAAGGCUGAGGAAAGCCACAGACAAGACAGUGCCGACCUGCUCAUUUUUAUCAUGCUCCUAACCCUCACAAUAUUAACCAUUUGGCUUUUUAAACACCGUCGGUUUAGAUUUAUACAUGAAACAGGACUGGCUAUGAUAUAUGGACUGUUGGUUGGCGUGGUACUACGAUAUGGCAUUCACGUGCCGCGAGACAUGAACAACAUCACACUGAGCUGCCAUGUGAAUGCAAGUCCUCCCACACUGCUGGUUAACGUCAGCGGCAAAUUCUACGAGUACACCCUGAAAGGCGAGAUCAGUGCCAAAGAAAUAGAUGAUGUGCAGGACAAUGAGAUGCUCCGAAAGGUGACCUUUGAUCCUGAGGUGUUCUUCAACAUUCUCCUGCCCCCUAUAAUAUUCCAUGCUGGUUACAGCUUAAAGAGGAGACACUUCUUCAGGAACAUGGGCUCCAUCUUGGCCUAUGCAUUUCUGGGAACGGUGAUCUCGUGUUUCAUCAUUGGGCUGCUGAUGUACGGCUGUGUGACGCUGAUGAAGCAGAUCGGCCAGCUGGGUGGGGACUUCUUCUUCACAGACUGCCUCUUCUUCGGAGCCAUCAUCUCAGCCACGGACCCAGUGACCGUGCUGGCCAUCUUCAAUGAGCUCCAGGUGGACGUGGACCUGUAUGCGCUGCUGUUUGGCGAGAGCGUCCUUAACGACGCGGUGGCAGUCGUCCUCUCCUCGUCCAUAGUGGCCUACCAGCCUCAGGGGGACAACACCCACACGUUCGAGGCCAUGGCCAUGGUCAAGUCCUUCGGGGUGUUCCUGGGAGUCUUCAGCGGCUCCUUCGCUCUUGGGAUGGCCACUGGAGUUAUGACGGCGCUGGUCACCAAGUUCACCAAGCUGCGGGACUUCCAGCUGCUGGAGACGGCCCUGUUCUUCCUCAUGUCCUGGAGCACCUUCCUGCUGGCCGAGGCCUGCGGCUUCACAGGCGUGGUAGCUGUGCUGUUCUGUGGGAUCACGCAGGCUCAUUACACCUUUAACAAUCUCUCACCUGAGUCUCAGGACAGGACCAAACAGUUGUUUGAGCUCCUUAACUUCCUGGCGGAGAACUUCAUCUUCUCCUACAUGGGGCUCACGCUGUUCACCUUCCAGAACCACGUCUUCAACCCCAUUUUCAUCAUCGGAGCUUUCCUGGCUACUUUUCUGGGCAGAGCAGCCAACAUCUACCCCCUCUCCUUCCUGCUCAACUUGGGCCGCAGAAACAAGAUCAGCUCCAACUUCCAGCACAUGAUGAUGUUUGCCGGGCUGCGCGGUGCCAUGACCUUUGCCCUGUCCAUCCGCGACACGGCCACCUACGCGCGGCGGAUGAUGUUCUCCACCACGCUGCUGGUGGUCUUCUUCACCGUGUGGGUGUGCGGAGGAGGAACCACACAGAUGCUCUCCUGCCAGCGCAUACGUGUUGGAGUGGAUCCGGACCAAGAGCACUCAAUUGGUCCUGAUGGCAUAGAGCGGCGCAGCACUAAGCAGGAGAGUGCCUGGCUCUUCAGGAUCUGGUACAACUUCGACCACAACUACAUGAAGCCCUUUCUGACCCACAGUGGCCCUCCCCUCACGGCCACCCUGCCCGCGUGCUGCGGAGCCCUCGCCCGCUGCCUCACCAGCCCACAGGCCUACGAGAAUGAGGAGCAGCUGAAGGACGACGACUCUGACCUCAUCCUGAACGACGGCGAUAUCAGCCUGACGUACGGCGACAUCACCGUGAGCACGGACGCCAGCGGGGCCCACACCAGCUCCCGGACGUCCGGCGUGGCGGCCAACUCGGACGAGCUGGACCGGGAGCUGGCGCUGGGCGAACGCGAACUGGUGAUCCGCGGGACCCGGCUGGUGCUGCCCAUGGAUGACUCGGAGCCGCCGCUGCCCGGGGAUGUCCUGCACCGACGCUCCGGAGCGCUGAGCUGAGCGGAGCGGAGCGACGGGGAGCACAUUCCGGGGCACUCCUCUCUCAUCCCUCUCUCUUUCUCUCUCUUCUUCUCUCUCCCUCCCUUCCCUAUUGCUCCCUCAUCUCCUCCACGCACCCACCUCCUCAUCUCUCCUUUAUUUAGCUGAGUUUGAUCAAGUGGCUGGUUUGAUGGCUCUACCUCAUUCUUGUUUCUUGUUCUUGUCUCUCUCUCCUGCCAUCACGGUUGUGUCAACUACUAUUUAUUUAUCUCUCUUGUUUGCACUCUCCCUCCAGAAAAACAAGCAGAGUUGCUGCUUCUCUUUCUUUCUCUUUCUUUCUCUUUCUCUCUCUCUCUCUCUGUCUCUCUCUGUCUCUCUCUUUCUCUGUCUUUAUACUCGGGUGUUACAACCAGACCACGUAGCGUCACCCAAAGCUUUGUGAGAAUGGUGCGUUCGGUUCUGAAGCAUGUGUUUGAUCUCUCCAAGCAAAAAUCACCACCAGAACAAGCUUAGCUGAUCUUCUCCCGUCUGUAUAGCAAGGUGUAAAAUACUGUCAACAAUGAUAUGCAUGCCUUUGAUGUGCGUGUGUGCGUGCCUGCGUGCGCGUGAGUGUGUGUGUGUGUACGUGUGCGUGCAUCGACCAUCGUUUAGUUGUUAAUGGAGCGAGAGGUAUCUUGCGAGGGAUCCCAUGUGGUAUCAGCUGAUGUUUCUGAUGGGUCUUAUGCUGUCUACUGCCUUCUCUGUGCAACAGUUGAAUCAGAGGCAUGACUGGGGGGGCUCUGGGUUUGCUGUGCGGUCACAAUCAAGUGCCUGACGAAUGUAGGUUUUUCCCUCCCUGAAGUAAAUACACUCUUCCCGCCACUAGGGGGCAGCCUUGUAUUUCGGUACGGAGUCUCUCCUGUCGGAGUGGUUUGGCCAGGAGUGGGCUGUAGAGGGGAUGGCGCUCUCUUAGCCUAGCACAAGUCUUGGAUCUGACAUAUUGACCUUUGACUGUGACUGUGUGAGGGUUUUUACACCUUGUUAUAUAACCUGAUGUCGCUCACAGCACACAGAAGGGCUGUUGUUCUAUUUGGGGAAUGCUGAAUCGGAGGUAUAUGUGGCAAAUAUUGGGGGCCAUUUUAUUGUCUUUCAGUGUACUAACUUCUAACUUUUGACAGCCUCAAAAUAUUUUUCUAUUCAUUUUUGCCAUGCAGCAAAAAAAAAAAAAAGAUUCAAAUGGCAGACAUUAAUGAACUUGCGAAUGUCUGACAUUGCUCUGUGUUUGAUAUUAAGCACCAAAACACUGUACAGAACAAGCAACGUGUUACUACUAAAUCCACUGAUGGAGCCUGCUUUUUGUAAAGUCCAGUCUGUGCUUUCCUGUGGUUUCCUAGUGGUCCAGCUUUGACCUUUUUCAAGAACAAGCAAAAAGUGAUAAUGAAACAAUGUUAAGGAAUUUUGCGUAAUAGUCACCCUAAUAUUAUUCUAGAAAACUGAAAUGACAUAUUUGUUUCUGCUCGAAACUACAUAACCUUUUUUCGUUAUCGUUUUGCAUGAAAUGUUGUGUGGAGGAGCCGACUUGUCUUCUCUACCAACAUGUUUGUGAUGUGGAGCGAUCAGACCGCUUUUGAACUGAGAAGCCGCGGUCACAGACAGUACCAGUGGAGGUCAAUCAUUUGAGGAUGCACAUAGGCCUGUGGCUGCCUCUCCUCUCAGGAAUGCAUAUAUUGGGAACAAAAAAGGGACUUAGAGUAGCAGCUCUGUCAGGAUGGUAGAUGGAUGGCAAGUUAUGGAAAUUAUCUUUGAAGGCAGUUUUAUAUUUGACACAUGUACCAUUGGGCAAGAAGGACAAAACGACGUGGUUCCAGCCACAUGGCUUGCUUGCCAAUGGUCAGUCCGCCCUGAGAACAUUUUUAGCCGAACGGAAAGACUGAUGGUGAAAGCCAAGAGAUAAGCGAGCCAGAGCAACUUCACUGUCUUUCCAUGGAGCAACAGCUUAUCUGACCUGAUGGGUGAACUCAGCAUACGGCUCCCUGUAAUGAUCACCAAUGCUCAGCUUCUGUGUACUUCGUACUGAGUCAAGAGCUAGUGGACAAAAGGUGUGGAAAGAAAAUGACCCACAAAUAUCAAGAUUUGACACUGAACUCCUAUCCCAAGAAAAUGGCCGCGGAUUGUCCUGAGCCUGGAGUCUGCCAGUAUCUGUGUAGUUGUGCUUCGAGUGUGGAUGGAGACGGGGUUAAUGGUGUGAGCAUGUGAGAGAGAGGUGGGCGUGUAGGUGCUGCCAGACUCACUCCUAGACUGAGCAGGCUGUGGUGGCAGACUGGAGCAGGAAGUGUUGAUAAGGUAUGACCCGGUUGAGGCAACUCUGUUGCCAGAGCUGUGACGGAGAGGCGGGGGAAGAGGGUGUGGUGGGGGCAGUUAGCGGGGGGAUUCUGGAGAGUGAAGUUUGGUCUACAACCCUCCACACAGUGUUAUCUCCUGCCGUGCAGGAAUUUAAUGAGUGCGCAUGUUAGUGUUUCUAGUUCCAUAAGCAUGCCUCUUGACACCACAAUGCGAUGGAUUUUUGUUGUUGUUGUUGUUGUUAUCAUUUGUUUUUGUUUUGUUUAUUUAUGUUCUGUUGGGUUUUUUUUUUCAUUUAUAUUUUGAUUUUAGGUCGUUAUGUCCAAAUUGAAGGGGAACUACUAUGUGAAAGCAUUGAGGGUGUUAAUCUUUUUGCACUUUUUGAGCUUCUGUUUGCCUUUUUUAUCAUGAAGUUCAGAACCUGUGAUAUAAUUAUGGUCCAGGUUGUUGAAAGAAUUAUGACAAAUGUAUGUCUAGUUCUGUAGUAUGAAUCUAAUCUAGUCUACACAGACUGUAGAGAGGCACAGGGAAGCCAGGGUUUGAGAUUAUGAUCUGAUAACUGAAUGACCGCAGUGUCAUGUACCCACUGUAAAGAAUGACACACAAAAACUGUUUCAGAGAUGCACAGGUUUCAGAAAUGAGUUGCAGCUAUGAUGUCACAACACUGUAUUAAGUGAGGAGUUGAGUACUAAAAAAAAGAUCCUAGCUGGAUUGUGGACUUUCAUAUAAAUUCUGAUUCUUCUAUAUGUUUAAUGUAUUUUAAGAUGUGUAUAUUAUUGUAAUACCAUAGAAAUCAUGGAAAGAAUAGAAUGGUUUGAUUUUAUGCCCAAGCAGGGCACGAUGGAGAGCUCAUUGAUUUGUACUCAGGCUAAGUCCUUUUAGUUGGUAACACUCUCCCUCAGCCUGGUCUCUCUCAACCACAAUCAGUUAGGAGAAGGAGGAGGAUGGCUUUCCCUCCCAGUGGUGUGGGGGUCGGGCCAGCUCCAUCCCCUUCCACAGACACAGGUGGAGUCUGCUUUACGGCCCGGAACAUUCCGAACAGCGCGUAUCCAGAAGAUGACUGAAGAUUAACAUUAAAAAAAAUUAGAAUAAAUGUGAAACCUGGUCCUGUUUAGCUGAUCGUUGAGGCUACAUGCCCUGCUUUCCUUUAGUUAUUUUGUUGUUAUUGUUUUUUUUUCCUUUUAUUGUUUUUUUGUUGUUCUUAGAGGGUGACAUUUAUAAUUGGCCAAACGACAGGUCCAAAGUAGCCUGAGGAGAAUAUUAAAGAGCGGAUGUGCGCUGAGACUGUACAACUUGGUGUUGUAACCAGUACGUAACUGUGUGUUUCCUCACACUCUGUACGGACUCUGUCCCCCUGUGUUGAAGGUACUUGACUGUUUACAUGGAUGUACAGUAACUACUUUCAUCUGUUCAUGUGUGUGCAGUGGUCAAUAAACAAAAAGCCUGUGCUUUCGU